AUGUAUCUUAUACAUGGUUCAUUGGAAGCGAAAUAUUUAUACCCACUCUUAUGUAGAUCUCAAAAAUACCCAAUACAUAUUGUAGUGACUGGAAAGGAUCACGGUAUGUCUGGAAAAACGUUGAAAAAGACAAUGAAGCUUAUGGAUGAUUGUAGUGGGAACAAGAUGGCGAUGAUACACGACCUGAAUCUACCUGGACAUUUGAAUAACAAUGAAGCUUAUUUUACCUCUCGAAUCAUGGAUGGUGUUCUUGGAUUGAUGCAAGUCCUACAACCUGAAGUAUUAAUACAUGUUUCCUCUUCUGAUUCCUCCUUACAAAAGGCGUUAUCUUUGGCAUCAUCAUCUCAGCAGUAUGGACUCCAAUGGAUUUUGAUCAACCUGCCUGCACAUCAGGUUCAACAUGCUCUUUGGAUUCCCGACUUGCCCCUGAAGGCUCUGAAAUAUUGGAAUGAUAUAUCUAUACAACUUGUCAUGAUUACUGACCGUCGUCCUCAUUCAUUCUCACGACUUUUACAAACAAGUAGCAACAGUUAUUUUUUAGGUGAUAGAGUGGAUUUGACAAUUCAUAUGGAACAAUCAGCAGAUAGGGUGACACGCAGCUUGGUGAAGAGCUUUGAUUGGCAUUAUGGUAAAAAGACGAUUCGACAUCGAAUACAAAAAGGCGGAUUGAUGCCAGCUAUUGUAGAAUCUUGGUAUCCUCGCAACAAUGAUGAUUAUGCAGUUCUCUUGGAAGAUGAUAUCUCUGUAUCACCUUUGUUUUAUACUUGGGCAAAAUACAAUAUUCUAAAAUAUCGUUAUGGUGAUGAAUCAGAACGCACGAAACAAAUCUUUGGUAUUAGUCUCUACUCUCCUCGUAAUGUUGAACUUCAUUUGGUGGGACGACGACCUUUUGAUCCAAAUGUGGCCUUGGAAGGAUCCUCUUAUCCGAAGCGUACACCUUAUGUUAGUCAAAUUCCUUGUAGCUGGGGAGCGAUCUAUUUUCCUGAACAUUGGCGUGAAUUCCAUUCCUUCUUGACUGCCCAAUUGGAUGAUCUCUCUCAAUACCAUUAUUUAAAUAUUAGCUUACCGAUGAGCCGUUCUGACCGAUGGAAGAAAUCCUGGAAGAAAUAUUUUAUUCAACUUGUAUAUCUACGCGGUUAUGUUAUGGUUUAUCCCAACUUUCAAUCAUUUGAAUCAUUUGCUACCAAUCAUCUGGAAACUGGAACACAUGUACAAUCUGAAAAACGCACCAAUAUCAUUGAUCUUUUUCUUGUACCUCUUAUGCAAAGAGACACAUUAUUAUAUCAACUACCUCAGCAACGAUUACCCGAUUUUGAUCAAUUACCUGUUUUGGAUCUAUGGGGUCAACUUGUCACUCAUGAUAUAUUAGAUGAACGGGCAGAAGAAUGGCAUCCUCACAUAUCAGCAUGCGAUCGAAGAACAGGGACAUUUACACCUGAUGAUUUACUUUGUCCUUUUACUCAUAUACCUGCAUGGGAACGACCUGAUAUGCCAGUGACAACAAAGAAAAUCAAGAUCUAUACGAUGACAGAAAUAGUGGAACCAUUGGCAUAUGUCACUGAGUUAACAGCACCAAUGGAUGAUGAUACAUCAUGGCCAGUAGCAAUCGAUGUGGCAUUGUUCUCUCCUCUUUUGGACGAAAUCCCAGUUGAAAUGGAUGAUGAAGAAAAAGAUUUACGGUUGGAUUGGAUGUCUAUCAAGAAACUAUCAAGCAAACAAGACACAAAAGUGGAAUUUUAA